GACGGGUUGUCAGUCCGUUCUCGCGAGAGAGGACGGAAGCCUGUGGGAGCCCGUGGCCUUUAAAGUGUGGUUCAGCCCUUUCCUCCAGGGGUAGUUUGUAAACACGGCUGCGCUCCGGGCUCCCGGGUGACGGAAAGGAUCAUGAAUAAGUGACCUGGAAAGGGAUACUAGAUGGAAACUUAAGUUGUGCUUAUUGGUAAGAGCUGAGGGAUUCCUGACUACAGAGUGAAUAAAACUCAUGGCCUACCAGCUAGAAAGGCAAUACAAGGACCUGUGGAAUAUGAGUGAUGACAAACCCUUUCUAUGCACUGCCCCUGGAUGUGGCCAGCGUUUUACCAACGAGGAUCAUUUGGCUGUCCAUAAACAUAAACAUGAGAUGACACUGAAAUUUGGUCCAGCACGUAAUGACAGUGUCAUUGUGGCUGAUCAGACCCCAACACCAACAAGAUUCUUGAAAAACUGUGAAGAAGUGGGUUUGUUUAAUGAGUUGGCAAGUCCAUUUGAGAAUGAAUUCAAGAAGGCUUCAGAAGAUGACAUUAAAAAAAUGCCUCUAGAUUUGUCCCCUCUUGCAACACCCAUCAUAAGAAGCAAAAUUGAGGAACCAUCUAUUGUGGAAACAACUCACCAGGAUAGUCCUUUACCUCAUCCAGAGUCUACUACCAGUGAUGAAAAGGAAGUACCAUUGGCACAAACAGCACAACCCACAUCAGCUAUUGUUCGUCCAGCAUCAUUACAGGUUCCCAAUGUGCUGCUCACAAGUUCUGACUCCAGUGUAAUUAUUCAGCAGGCAGUACCUUCACCAACCUCAAGUACUGUAAUCACCCAGGCACCAUCCUCCAACAGGCCAAUUGUCCCUGUACCAGGCCCAUUUCCUCUUCUGUUACAUCUCCCUAAUGGACAAACCAUGCCUGUUGCUAUUCCUGCAUCAAUUACAAGUUCUAAUGUGCAUGUUCCAGCUGCAGUCCCACUUGUUCGACCAGUCACCAUGGUGCCUAGUGUUCCAGGAAUUCCAGGCCCUUCCUCCCCUCAACCAGUACAACAGUCAGAAGCAAAAAUGAGAUUAAAAGCUGCUUUGACCCAACAACAUCCUCCAGUUACCAAUGGUGAUACUGUCAAAGGUCAUGGUAGUGGAUUGGUUAGGACUCAGUCAGAAGAAUCUCGCCCACAAUCAUUACAACAACCAGCUACAUCCACAACAGAAACUCCGGCUUCUCCAGCUCACACAACUCCACAGACUCAAAAUACAAGUGGUCGUCGAAGAAGAGCUGCUAAUGAAGAUCCUGAUGAAAAAAGGAGGAAAUUUUUAGAGCGAAACAGAGCAGCAGCUUCAAGAUGCCGACAAAAAAGGAAAGUCUGGGUUCAAUCCUUAGAAAAAAAAGCAGAAGACUUGAGUUCAUUAAAUGGUCAACUGCAGAGCGAAGUCACCCUGCUGAGAAAUGAAGUGGCACAGCUGAAACAGCUUCUUCUGGCUCAUAAAGAUUGCCCUGUAACCGCCAUGCAGAAGAAAUCUGGCUAUCAUACUGCUGAUAAAGAUGAUAGUUCAGAAGACCUUUCGGUGCCAAGUAGUCCACAUACAGAAGCUAUACAGCAUAGUUCUGUCAGCACAUCCAAUGGAGUCAGUUCAACCUCAAAGGCAGAAGCUGUAGCCACUUCAGUCCUCACCCAGAUGGCAGACCAGAGUAUGGAGCCUGCGCUUUCCCAGAUUGUCAUGGCUCCUUCCUCCCAGCACAGCCCUCAGGAAGUUGAUUAAAAACCUGCAGUACAACAGUUUUAGAUACUCAUUAGUGACUUCAAAGGGAAAUCAAGGAAAGACCAGUUUCCAUUUAUGCGAAAUCUGUGGUUGUAAAUUUUUUUUUUUUUACUUGAAAUUAAAUUUGGCUCUAAAGUUGGUGUAGCAACAGUUGAUGAUAAGACUGAACGACAGUUUUAAGUCUCUGGAAAGACUGAUUUUGCUUUUUUAUAAAUAUUGUUAGAUUUAUUAAUUUUUCUGUGCUCAAUGUGUAAAUUGUAUUAUAAUUCAUUGUGGUUUAUUUUACUUUUAAUUUGGUGGUGUUUUAAUAAAUGGGGGUGUUAUUGAAUCUCUCUUCCCACUUCCAUUUCUUUUGCCCACCCCUUAUCCCUCAACUGUGAUGGUAGUCUUGUUAUCAUUUAUACCAAAGUUCUGCAUAGUCCCUAUUGACUUUGUAAUGUGAACAAAGUCAUAAAGCACUAGGCAAGAGAAGGGUAGAAAUUUGCUUUUAAUCUUUUUGCCUUUUAUUUUGCACAUUUUGCAAAAGGAAUAAUAUUGGAGAACACUGGUUUGUUGUUUUAAGUGAGAGAAAACAUGAUAAAAGACAUACAGUGCUUUCAUGUGCACACUGUUAAAUCAAGUUCAUUAAUAAUGCAUUUUCUUUUUUUAAGAUUUUAAGUAGACAAAAAUUUUGGAAUCUUCAGCAUUUAAAAAAUGACUUUAUUUUUAAGUCUGAAAUUCAGUGUUUUUAAACUAUGUUUUGAGGCUGAAAAGUAUGAAAUUAUAUAAUAUACGAUACAGGGUUAUCAGAUAUUUAGUAAUUUUUUAAAAUUAGCUCUUGUUUUGAGGGUUUUUUUUUCAGGUUUCAGGUUACAGACAGAAUUUAUGCAUAAUCAAGUAUGGUAUGGUUGCCAGAAAAGCCUAAAAUUACUACUUAGAAAAUUUACGACUGUUUACCCCCAUUGUCUUGUACUUGCGAGCUAACUUGUACUUAUUCUUGUGAAAGCACUGUCAUCUUUUAGUAGCAAAUUUUGAUAACGUUUCUCGUGGAAAAAAAUCAGUAUCUAUCUUUAGAACAAUGUAAUUAUAAUGUGGGAAAUGUAAGAGAGAGAGAGAGAAUGUGUGUGUGUGUGUGUGUGUGAGUGUGUGUGUGUGUCUCUCAAUAGUUUAUGCCAGCAAUCUUUGCUUGAAUGUUUAACGAUGCCUUCAGUGUGAUGCUGGCCAAUAGAUGAUUGCAAUUUAAAAUGUCAUUACUGUGCAGGCUUGGACAACUAACAUUCCAUGAAGUAGCUUGUUUCUGAUGAGAUGAUUGUAGGUACACUUCUCAUUAUCCAAUCAUCUGUGGGAUACUGAAUUUUCUAAUGUGCCAUUAUCUAUUUUUAUUCUUCAGUUAUGUUCAAAAUACAGUACAAUAUUUUAAAUAGACUCAAUUGUUAAACAAUAAAAAUAAAAAAGUAGUAAAUGUGUGUAAAAAAACCUUUGUAAAAUAGUUAUGAGUCCUACCCAGUUCCAACUUCUGGCAUUCAAGCAGGAUUCCAUUAUGUAAAUAUCUGUAAUGCAUUAAUAAUGAGUUGUGUAGUUUGUUCUACAUCCAUACUACACUACUUGCUAAAGUCUCUGUGCCAUCUUCUGAUGAGAUUGACAUUUUAAAAGCCUAUAUGGAAUAUCCUUGAUAAUUCAAGGGAGUAUCCCACCUGCCUAAGUUUCAAACUGGGAAACAUGCAAAUUAUACAAAUGAUAUUUCAGGACUUCUAAGUAUGAAGAUAAUAGGAAUUUUAUUGUUUGACUUAUUUAAAAUGAGAGCAUUUUGGUUGACAAUUCUACUUCAAAAUUUUCUUAUUUUUAACUGAUGUCAUAAUUUUAAAGUAAUCAAUUUCUAAUCAUGAUUUUGUCAUAGUUUGCUAAGGAGUUGAUCUCAAGGCACAAAAUAUGAAUUAUACAAGAAGGCUAUUUUUUAUCGUAGCUUGGAUGGGUUAGGAAAAGCCUCAAUUUUUCACUUUCUAAAGUCUUUCAGUGCGUUUUUCUUUCAUCUUAUUUAUGCAAGUUAAAGUUUUUGGUAACAAUUCUUGCAACUGUAAAAUAAAACUACAUAGAUGUAAGAAGUCAUGUAAACGGUUAAUGAGCUUACCAAGGUUAGCAAACUUUUCAUUGUAAAUCAAUCUGUACUCAGCAAAUAAAAAUCAUUAUUAGUUGUAUGAACACAAAUUCCAUUUUGACUUCCAAGAUGUCACACUACUUCUGUACCUAGCAUUUUGAGUCCUUAUAUUUGCAAUGUUACACAAACUGUACUAUUUUCUUUUAUGUGCAGUUUGCAUGAGUAAACCGUCAAGAGAAUAAAUUCUAUCUUUAAAUUAUGUUCAUAAUUUGCUUGUUUUUACCUGUCUUUCACAAAGUAAUAUCACCUAAUAAGUGUUUUUUUCCUUCAGGACGUUUAACUACCUGAGAAGAACUGAGAUUCUUUCCACUUUUCUGAUAAGAUUCAUUCAUACUUGAAGACCUUUCAACUUCAGAGUGCUCAGGCCUAUUCCUUUUUUAUGCAUUUACCUUAAGCUCUAUUCAUAUGCUAUGAUUCUUUCAAUUAUGUCCCCAGCCUGGAACACUCCCUGAACUUUAGCCACAGACCCACCUCCUCACCACCUAACAAAAACCUCAUAAAUUGGGGUUAGGGGUAUAGCUCAGUUGGUAGAGUGCUUGCCUAGCAUGCACAAGGCCCUGAGUUCAAACCCAGCACCACCACCCCCCCCAAAAAAAAAAAACCAUCUUAAAUAGACCAUAUCCAACACUGAAAUAACCUUCCCUCACACUAACCUCAGAUAUACUCUUCUCACAAUCUUUCAUGAUUCAGUUGAUGGCAGUGCAGUUCUUCCAGUUGCUUAAGCCAGAACAUUCUUGUCAUCCUUGAUGCCCCACUCUCCCAGCCCUUAUUCAAGGUUUACCUUACCUUCCAAAUAAUACAGAAUGCAACCACUUCUCACCAUGUACAUUGCCAUCACCCUGAUCUGUGCCCUCAUUUGCUGUAGUUGCCUUAUAAAUGUCUCUUCAUUUCUAUUCCUGACCACCACUGCUCAUCCCCAGUACAGCAGCCAGAGUGAUGCUUUUAAAACCUGUCAGGUUACAGCCCUUCUCUGCUCAGAAUUCCAAGUUGUUCCUCAAGUCCUCAGAAUGGCCUACAAGGCCCAUCCAAUUACAUCUCUGAUGUCAUCUCCAACCACAUUGUUUUGCUCAGUGAAUGUUUUUAGUGCUACCAAGUGUCAGGUGGUGGUCUAUGCACUUACAUACCCCAGCAACCAAAGCCAAAAAUUGCUGUCUUCCUGAAGCUUACCUUUUACUAAAGAGGGUGUAGGAAGGAGUAGGGAAACAUAAUAAAUAAGUCAAUUGUAUAUGACAAGGGGUAGGAGCUAAAUGAAGAAACAGUCUGUGGAGAACAGUGGAAUGACGUUUUAGUCAUAUCAGAUGGAACCAAUCAAGAUGCAAACAAUUGCAUAGCUACUAGUGUACUUAAGAUAGAUGUCUGAUAUUAGGUUUUAAAAAUGUUUAACAAAGAUAAACUGUGCAAGCAUACCUCGUUUUAUUCUAGUUUACAGAUAUUGCUUUUUCCCCCCACAUCGAAGGUGUGUAACAUCCCUGUUUGAACAAGUCUGAUCAAUGCCAUUUUCCAACAGCAUGUACUGAAGGUUUAAACUAUCAUUACCAUUUUUAGCAGUAAUGCAUUUUUAAUUAAGGUAUUACAUUGUUUUAUUAUACAUAAUGAUAUUGCACACAUAAUAGAUUAUAGUGUAAACAAUUUUUAUGUGCACUGGGAAAUCAAUUUGUGUGACUCACUUUAUUGCAGUGGUCUGGAACCAAACCAAUUCUAUUUCUAGGGUUCAACAAAUAAGUGAUGCAUUAAAAGAUCAAACUUGUAUUUAUUUGGACUUAUUCCGGAGGACAGGAACAAUCUUUUAUUUAUGGCAUGUGCUUACUGUUAAAAAGUAGUUUUACUAAUUCUACUUCUAUGAAACUACAGAGUUUGAUGCCUAGUUGUGAGACUAAUUAUAGGAGAAUCCCAUUUACUCCUAGGCCUUCAUCUUAGAUAAAUCUACACAUGCUCAAAUACAUUCACAAAAUACCUAGAGAACACAGUUAUCAAUGCAAGUACUUUUAAAAUACAUUUAGAACAAAUAAUUUUAAAAUCUGAUCAUUCUAGAUUAUCUUGACCACAGAAUAGUUAAUUUUGAGGCAAAGUUAUAGAAUUUCAUUUGUUUGCAGUUAUGAAAAUGUCUUUAAAUUUUAAUAAAUACCAAUGAACUUUUCCUGUGAUUUUCUAAUAUUUAAGUACAAAUCUUUUCAGUUAUUAAUAUGGUAGAUAGAGGGUUGAGUGUUCAUAAAGGCAAAGCAUUAAGAUCCUAGAGAUCUAGGUAGUAUCCUUCUAUGUAGAAAACAUUCUCAAAAUAUAAAAUAAAGGCCUUUCUAAAUAAACAGAUAGUUCAACCAUUUAAGUAAAUUUUAUAUAUAUAUUGCCAUAGGAAAAGUUCAGUGAAAUUGUUUCCAGAAUGAAAGAACUUCGACAUAGCAAAACGCAUGUGACAUUGUAACCCACAAUAAGAUAAACAACUUGCAUAGAUGUAUUCUUUGUAGCAAUCCAAAGCACCAAAUCUGUGGUUAAUUGUAAAAUAUAAAACAUGGUCACAGCAAUCAAGCUAGAAAGGUACUGUUACUUGAUGAUGGGCCAGUGGUUUGCAUCUGUUUCCUCAAAUGUUCAUACUAGUCCUUCCAAAGGAUUUCCACCACUAUGUCAUUGGUAUACCCUUGUCAUGGUCAUGAUGCCUUUCCUUGCCUCUGUUUUGCAUUAGAUUUCACAUUUUAGGCAUUUCUUGAGACAGAAUUUUUUGAACAAAAUAAUUGCUAUGGUUUGUAUCAUGUAUGACCUCGAUUCUUUUGAAAAGUAUUUCUGAUCCUAAUCUCAUUUCUAGUUAUGUGAAAUAAGAUUUGGCUUACUUACUUAAUUUUGCAGUGAAUUUGCUUUCUGUGAAAGUGCAUAAAAGAGAAUGUUUCCCCUAAGUGAGCUCCUUCCUUUUAUUUUUGCUCAAUUUUUAAAGAAGCAUGUAAAUUAAGAAGAAAUGCUGUUUUUCAAAGCCUAACACAAAAUUUGGCAAAAAAAAAUUAUUUCAUGUGGUUUAUUUAGAAGAAUUUAAGAUAGCAUUAUCUAUUAUGAGUUUCUCGUGAUGGGAGACAAAUACUUUAUGUGAUGUUUAUGAGAAAUAAGAAAACUUGUCAAUGCCAUUAUUCAACAAUAAACCCUUUGCAUUAUCCACUAA